AUGGCGAUGGCGGCGGUGCCGCUCGGCGUGCUGCUGCGGCGGGAGGUCACGAGCGAGCGGAUGGAGCGCCCGGACGUGCUCUGCGGGGAGGCCAGCCGCAGCCGCAAGGGCGAGGACGUCACGCUGCUCCUCGCCGACGCUGGCCAGCGCGUCGCCGGCGACCCCUCCACCUCCUUCUCCGUCUUCGCGCUGUUUGAUGGCCACCAUGGAUCUGGAGCGGCCAUAUACGCAAAGAACAAUCUGCUCAACAAUGUCCUGCGUGCUACCCCUUCAGGUUUGACCAGGGAUGAGUGGCUUGCAGUGCUUCCACGUUCACUCGUUGCAGCAUUUGUCAAGACAGAUAAGGAUUUGCAAGCCGCAGCUGAAAGUUCUGGUACAACUGUGACAUUUGUGAUAAUAGACGAGUGGGUUGUAACAGUAGCAUCAGUUGGUGAUUCGCGCUGCAUACUAGAGUCAGCUGAUGGUUCACUAUACCAUUUGUCAGCUGAUCAUCGCUUUGACUCCAACCGAGAUGAGGUGGAACGUGUAACUGCAUGGGGAAGCAAGGUUGGAAAACUGAAUGUUGUUGGUGGUCCAGAGGUUGGUCCUUUAAGAUGCUGGCCAGGUGGUUUGUGCCUAUCUAGAUCAAUUGGGGAUAUGGAUGUUGGUGAAUGCAUCAUCCCUGUUCCUCACGUGAAGCAAGUGAAGCUAUCCAAUGCUGGAGGCAGAAUUAUCAUUGCAAGCGAUGGUGUAUGGGAUGAUUUGACUUUUGAAAUGGCUCUUGAAUGUUCUCGUGGAUAUCCAUCCGAUAUAGCUGCCAAUCGAAUUGUUAAUGAAGCAACCCUACCUCGAGGACUAAGAGAUGAUACUACCUGCAUCGUGGUGGACAUACUACCCCCAGAAAAACUAGCUCCUAGUCCUCCAGCAAAGUGGCAGGGGAAAACCGUACUCAAUAAUAUGUUCCGUGUUGAUCUGAAGAAUAACAUGUUCCGCCGAAAAAAUUCAGAUGCAUCUUUUAAAAUAGAUAGAGAAUAUGCUGAGCCGGAUGUGGUGGAAGAAAUAUUUGAGGACGGGUCUGCCAUGCUUUCAAGAAGGCUUAGUACAGGAUACGCACUUCGGAACAUGUUUGAACCCUCCAGCUGUGCGAUCUGCCAGUUUAGACUGAAAUCUGGUCAGGGGAUUUCCAUACAUGCUAACCCGCUGCAACACGAAAAAAUGCAAGGUUGGCAAGGUCCUUUCCUCUGCCAAAGCUGCCAUGAAAAGAAGAAAGCAAUGGAGGGUAAACGGCGUCCAAUAGAUUAGUCGACCGCAGAUGCCUUCAGUCACGCGGAGCAGGCCUAAUUGCUGAAACCAUUCUUUGAUAGACAUUCCUUUUGUUUUCUUUACCAGGAACGUUAGUCAGUUGACCACAUUUUUUUUUUGUACAUUGACCACUCUAGUCAAGCAGUACAAAGUAUUCUUGACAAGUUAGGUUGGAAUUUCAUUGAUCAGUCGGACCAACAUGGGAAAGGGCACCCUUUUCAAAUGAGAAAAGCAUAGUCGUUAGAAUUUUAGCUUGACUGUACAGGUGUCUAAAGGAUCACUAAUAUUCUUUUUGUAGAUGAGUUGAAUGACGGUGGUUGAGAAAAAGAAAAAGUUUGGUGAUUGUUUGAAUGCUUUAA